AUGUCACAGAAUAUUCAAAUUAGCACUAGAAAACGUUCAAGAGCAAAUAUGAAUAAUUCCACUACUACGGGCCUCUCGGGCAACACGAGCGCUAACAAGACCUUUUUGGACAACUUCGAAGAUACACGCACCAACAAACUGCUGGACGAGAUGUUUGCCCGGCAGAAUUCGUUCUUGACCGACAAUCUCAGGAACAGUCUGGAUCUGAACCAGAGCGACAACCCGCUGCGUCCCCGGCAGCACCAGUUGUUUUUGGACAACGAAAAUGCCAUAGAGCUGGACGACGAGCCCCGUAUCAUCAACACUACGAUCAACAACAACAACAACAACAACAACAGCAGCAGCAGCCGCGUGGAUGAGGAUGCGGACGACGACAUCAUCUUUAUCAAAGAGCAACCGAUACAAUUCUCGUCGCCCUUAAUCUUGCCCAGUAGCAGCAGCAACAACACGGGUGCUACGACCGCUGUAAGCAACAAUACGUAUAUCACGACACCAAAGAAGUUCAAGAAGCAAAGAACCAUCUCGCUGCCCCAGUUGCCGCUUUCGAAACUCAGCUACCAAUCAAACUAUAUCAGUGUUCCCGACCAGAGCAACGCCAUCGUUCCCAGAGUUACCCAAACCGAGAACGAGUUGCUGCAUCUGACGGGGUCCUGCGCAAAGACCCUGGAGGGCAACAAGGCCGUAAAUCUCACAGUAGCCCACAGCACUUCUCCCUUUUACAACCCACCGGCACAAGUGGCCCCGCCGCCUCUUCCUCCUCCUCCUCCUCAAUCAAACAACCUCAAGAGACAAAUCGGCUCUUCGCUAAGGAAGUUCAAAUCUAACGGCUCUGCAGAAAGCACCUCGUCCAAUAAAUCCAACUUCAAAACAGACAAAGACGGCCAUUACGUCUAUCAGGAAAAUGACGUCUUCGGCAGUGGCGGGCGCUUUAUUGUGAAGGACCUGCUGGGCCAGGGCACAUUCGGCAAGGUGCUCAAAUGCAUCGAUAAUAAAUGCGAGCCCAACUUCGUGGCCGUGAAGGUCAUAAGGGCCGUGGACAGAUACAGAGAAGCUGCCAAGACAGAACUACGAAUCCUGCAGACCAUACUGAACAAUGACCCUCAAGGUCAGUUCCAGUGUCUCCUACUAAGGGAGUGCUUCGACUACAAAAACCACAUCUGUCUGGUCACAGAUCUAUACGGCAGGUCCAUUUACGAUUUCAUGUGCUCCAACGGUAUCGCCAGAUUCCCGGGCUCUCAUAUACAGGCCAUUGCCAGGCAGCUAAUCAGAUCCGUGUGUUUCCUGCACGAUUUGGGAAUAAUACACACGGACUUGAAACCGGAAAAUAUCUUGAUCUGCGAUGAAACCCACAUUUCCCGAGCUUUGCCCGCGAAGACCGUCCAGUCUCUGAGCAAGAGACGCCGUGAAGCAAGUAAGGGGAAACGUAAAAUCUUGAAAAAUCCAGAAAUCAAAAUUAUCGACUUCGGCAGCGCAAUUUUCCAUUACGAAUACCAUCCUCCCGUCAUAUCCACUCGUCAUUAUAGAGCCCCCGAAAUUGUUCUUGGCCUGGGCUGGUCGUUCCCCUGUGACAUUUGGUCCAUCGCAUGUGUUUUGGUCGAAUUAAUCAUUGGCGAGUCCCUUUACCCCAUCCACGAAAACCUGGAACAUAUGGCCAUGAUGCAAAGAAUCAACGGCACCCCUUUCCCCACUGACAUCGUUGAUAAGAUGUUUUAUAAGUCUAAACACAAACUGGGCAACUCCCCAUCGGAUUUAACCUCCACAGUGAUAAAACAUUUCGAUAGGAAAACGCUAAGCUUGCAAUGGCCAGAAAAGAAUAAGCGUGGAGAUACCGUAACCACUGAAAAAUCAAUGAAAAGGGUUUUGCAAUCAUGCGAUCGCCUAGACAUAUACAUUUCCAAGGUCCUGAAACAGGAUUAUGGCGAUAGUUUGAGCAUCAAUUGGAACCUGCCGCCGGAGAAAAACUGGUCGUUGAUAAACUCCAAAUUGCUAUGGAAAAAACAAGUACAUUCCUCCUCUUCCUCGGCCACUGACGAUCUCGAUAAGGAAACCUUCUUGUUUUGGUACUGGUUCAUCGACCUACUCAAGAAAAUGUUCGAAUUCGACCCAACAAAAAGAAUCACCGCAAAGGACGCAUUGGACCAUGAGUGGUUCAAUCUGGGCAUACUGGACGAUGGUAUUGCAACUUACAAUAAUACCCAAGGUUAG